CAUGCUCAUAAAUCAAUGAAUGGUUUUCAUUUCUUUCAUUGUUGUACAGGCAAAGAGACAGGUGAAGGACCUGUUUGAAGAUCUGAAAGAUGGCACCAAUCUCAUCGCUCUCCUUGAAGUACUGGGCCAAGAAAAAAUUCAAAGAGAGAAAGGUCCACUACGAAUACACAAACUUCAGAAUGUUGAAAAUGCCCUUGCCUUCCUCAGGAGGAGAAAAAUUAAAAUGGUAAACAUAAGGAAUGAAGAAAUAGUGGAUGGCAAUCCCAAACUCAUCCUAGGCCUCAUCUGGACCAUCAUCCUUCACUUCCAGGUAAGAUGAUGAUGAUGAUGAUGAUGAUGAUGAUGAUGAUGAU